AUGGCUAUGCCACACCCAGAGUCACCCCGCCGGCCGUCCUCAGUCGACGUAUCCUGUGGCCUCGAUUCUGGCUCCCCAUCCAAGGCCUCCUUUUGUACGCUGGUUCCGCUGCUGUCUUCUGCCUCCCCCAAGCCAUCCAGCUUACCGCCCACCAUGGCGACCGCCCUUUCAGAAACUACCCCUUCAAAAGAUCAAUCGCACCUUGGCUCUGGGUUCAUGGGCCUUGGAGAACCCUCCACACUGCAAUGGGCUGAACAGUGUGAGAUGGGUGCAUCGCAACCCUGUCAAAACGGGAGAGGAUAUGGUGGCGUGUUUCCAGGACAAGUUGAUUACUCUGGGCCUCGUCUCGACUACUCCCCCAACGGACUCCCGUUCUCCAGCAACUACAGUCUCACUUACCCUACGUUUGAUCCUAGCUGUCCCCGCUCUUAUGCUGGUGGACUUGAGCUCUCAAACGGGAUGGACAACAUAACCAUGGCCGAGUCAUAUCCGCCCUCCGCGUACGUCAUCAAUCCUCCCAAGUCGCAUGAUGACUUGAAUAUCCAAGACACUGGCACGUCGAACCAGCUACUGCAAUUUAAUAAUGAUUUCGAAACACAGUGCGGCGCAAGGUUCAAAUCGGAAGCCUGCUAUGCUGGUAGUGCGUACGGCUCCGCUCCCGGAUCGCGGUGUUCGACCCCUCAUGACGACUGUGGUUACAUAUCUUCGCGGGACGCGAGAGAUGAGGAUGGUUCGUUUGACAAGGAACAGCCCUAUGCGCAGCUGAUUUAUCGCGCUCUGAUGGAGGCGCCAGGGCAUACGAUGGUUCUGCGGGACAUCUACGAGUGGUUCAAGCAGAACACGAAUAAAGCUGAAGAUAAGGAGACGAAGGGUUGGCAGAACAGUAUUCGGCAUAACCUGUCUAUGAACGGGGCCUUCGAGAAAGUUGACCAACCCUGCGAUGACACUCGCAAAGGCUACAUGUGGAAACUCACCGACGAAGCCAUCCGCGAAGGCGUCAAAUCCACAACCCGUUACCGCAGCAAGCAGCCCCACAAGCGCGGCCACCGCACGGGUCACAACCCUCUCCCUCAACGCCAGGCCUCCGGAGCGAAAGGCGGUUUGGCAUCUCGCAAAUCGGCAAAAGCAAGACGGCUGCAUCGCGCAGUUACUGAUCCGUACUUCAACGGUAAUGGUGGUGGUGAUGGGAGUGCGGGGGGCAGGAUAACAAAUUCGGCGACGUCGACUUAUGACGGCGCUAUCCUUGAGCCGCUCGUUUUCAACGACCCAUAUCCAAGUCUUUCGUCGCUCUCCUCGUUCCAUAACCCCCCUACCCCAUCAUCGCCGUACUACGGCUCCGACCUCGACCUACCCCAGGAUUGCUCCGCGCCUGUUUCACUGGAUGGAGGCAGCUCGCACGGUCUAGGCAGUCCCCUGCUGGGACCCGAUCUCGAUCUCGGCCUGGAUUUACCUCUCUCAAUGGCUAUGCGCGGCAGCAACGGUUGCCAUGCAUCAUUUGGCGGAGCAUCGUCUCCAGCGAUGAAUGCCUUGGUGUAUGAUGCAGCGUAUCUGACGCCACAGGAGCCAUCGGCGCCACUCUUUUACGACCUAGACCUCCCAGACAGCAGUGCUUCUCGAGACGCCACUGCGGCCGCAUUCUCAAGCUCCCACUCUCCCCAGCAGCAGCAGCAAUUGCAACCCCCGCGGCUCCGCCUGCACCCCCACCUGUCAAACCUGGACGUCCUAUCCUGCUCCUCGCCCUCCGCAUCCAGCCCUUCUGAGCCCCGCACACCAGACGACGUGGAUUGCGGCCCAGGGCUAGCUGAAGAUUGCUACAUAAUGGAGAUGCGACCCUUGACUGGUGAGACGGGUGGACCGCAGUUUCGCUUCUUUACUGAUAGUGGGCCUGUGGCGAGGGUGCAUGAAUAG